AUGGGUGGCCAAGGAGAGGCUGACCAACGAUGCAGGCUAAACCAGGGCGUCCAGCGGGACAUCAUAGAGGAGCUUCAGACCAUGCUCCAUGAGACCCACCCCUAUGUCCAGAGCUUCAAGUUUGCACUGGAGCAGAUGCAAAUACCUGAUCACAAGGUAGUAAUCAAGGCAGACAGAAGACCAGCCGGUGAGCAUGCCCGUCGCUUCAAUGCUCCAGUAAACAAUGAAGUUGCCAUUCUCAUGGUUGGUGAGGAGCAUGGCAAACGUGACAUUGUUCUCAAGCAGAGAGACAAUAUCCUGACUACCAUUAAAGAGACACACAGGUCAUAUGACAGCCUGCAGUACCCUCUUAUGUUUCCAAGAGGUGAAGAUGGAUACAGUUUUUCCCUGCGCCAGGUAAACAGAGCCACUGGAGAGGAGACAGCCAAGACAAUUAGCUGCAAAGAUUUCUAUGCCUAUAGGCUAAUGAUCAGAGAUGACAAAUUCAACCAGGUCCUCAAAUUCAAGGAGGUGACCAGCCAGCUCAUGGUGGACAUGUAUGCCAAAAUUGAGACAGAGAGGCUGCUCUACAUACGGCUUAACCAGAAACAACUGAGAGCAGAGCAAUACAGCAGUCUGCAGGAUGCCAUGAACAUUAAUGGCAAUGCUGAAAACAUAGGCCAGCAGGUCAUCUUGCCCUCCAGUUUCACUGGUUCACCGCGUUACAUGCACCAGCGCACCCAGGGCGCCAUGGCCUAUGUCCGCAAAUUCAGUCACCCCGACCCCUUUAUCAUGUUCACCUGCAACCCAAAGUGGGAUGACAUCCAGGAAAACCUGUUUGAUGGCCAGAAUAGAACAGACCGCCAUGACAUCAUUGAUGGCAACAUCUUUGGUGAGCUGCAUGCAUGGUUAUACACUAUAGAGUGGCAGAAGCGUGGCCUGCCUCACUCCCACACACUUAUCUGGUGCAAGAACAAAAUCCAGCCUGAGGAUAUUGACAGCAUAAUUAGUGCUGAGUUGCCUGAUCCUGAAGAAGACCCUGAGCUCUACAACACACUCCAGACUCAGAUGGUUCAUGGUCCUUGUGGCCAACUUAACCAAAACUCACCCUGCAUGGAGGAUGGCAAGUGUACCAAACGCUUCCCCAAACAACUCCUUCAGGAGACACAGACUGGAAGGGAUGGCUACCCGCUCUAUAGACGCCGUGCCCCAGAGGAUGAUGGUCACACAGCAAAGCUCCAGGUGCGAGGCCAGGAGGUGGAGAUUGACAAGCGUUGGAUUAUCCCAUACAACAAACUGUUGUCUAAGACCUUCAAUGCUCACAUCAAUGUCGAAAGCUGCCAAUCCAUCAAGAGCAUAAAGUAUGUAUGUAAAUGUAUAAACAAGGGCUCUGACGUGGCAGUCUUUGGUGUGGAGCAGGAGGGCAGGCAGCAGCGUGAUGAAAUCAGUCACUACCAGAUGGGCCACUACAUAUCAUCCAAUGAGGCAAUCUGGCGCAUCCUAGGCUUCAACAUCCAUGAGCGCUACCCAACUGUGGUCAAUCUGGCUGUCCACCUUGAGAAUGGCCAGCGAGUUUACUUUACUGAGGAGACUGCCCAGAAUGUCUUGGAGCAGCCACCAGAGACAACCCUGACAGCCUUUUUCAAGCUGUGUCAACAUGACCCAUUUGCUAGGACACUGCUCUAUGCCGAUGUGCCAUUGUUUUACACAUGGUCCAACACAAAAUGGAGCAGAUGCAAGAGAGGUGUCAGAAUGGAGUGCUGGGAGGAAGAUGCAGUCUUCAGAUCAGAUGCAAUAGGACGGGUGUACACAGUGCAUCCCAAUCAGCAGGAAUGUUUUUACCUUCGACUGCUGCUUCACACAGUGACAGGGCCGACCAGCUUUGAGGAUCUGCGCACAUUUGAAGGGGAGGUCUGUACCACCUACAGAGAGGCCUGUGCCAAGCAUGGCCUGCUGGAAGAUGAUGCUCACUGGGACCAGACCCUAGAAGAGGCUGCUGCUACAAGACAUUCUAGACAGUUACGCCAACUUUUUGCCAUCAUGCUUAUCACAUGUGGCAUGGCAGAGCCACUCCAACUCUGGGAGAAGCACAGAGACAGCAUGGCUGAGGACAUUCUCUACAGAGUCCAGAGGCAAAGCUCAACUGAAAUCAACUACAGUGGAACUGGCAAGACCUUUGUCAUCAACUUGCUCCUAGCCAAGCUCAGGCAGAUGAAGAAAGUUGCUCUGGCAGUAGCCUCAAGUGGUAUAGCUGCCACUUUGCUGGAUGGAGGCAGAACCGAUCAUUCUGCCUUUAAGCUGCCCCUUGACCUGGCCAAGAGGGAAUUGCCAACAUGUAACAUCAGCCGUGGAACAACAAAGGCCAAACUGCUUUCCAAAAGUAAACUAAUCAUUUGGGAUGAGGCAACCAUGAGCCACAAGGGGGCCUUUGAGGCCCUUGAUCGCACUCUACAAGAUCUGAGACGCAACACAAGUCUAAUGGGAGGAGUUACUGUCCUGCUCUCAGGGGACUUUUGCCAAACAUUGCCAGUAAUUCCAAAAGGGACAAGGGCAGAUGAGUUCAAUGCCUGCAUCAAGUCUUCUCACCUGUGGACAAGUGUGCUGCUCUUCAGCCUCAAGACCAACAUGAAGGUCCAGCUCAGUGGGGACGAGGAGGCAGGCAUCUUCUCACAGCAGUUGCUGGAGGUUGGCAAUGGCACCUUGAAAGUUGACAGUCUGGAUAGCCAGGUCAAACUGCCUUUUGGUCAUACUGUGGAGGACAUCAAUGAGCUGGUGGACAAAGUUUUUCCAAAGCUGAAGCUGAACUUCAGGAAACACAGCUGGUUGAGCGAGAGAGCUAUCUUGGCUCCCAAGAACUUAGCAGUGGAUGUCAUCAAUGAAAAGCUUCUGGAACAACUUCCAGGAGAGGCUGUCAGUUACAUGUCUGUUGACACAGUGCCUGACCCAGAUGAGGUAGUCAACUACCCAGUUGAGUUCCUUAACACCCUGGCACCAGCAGGCCUCCCACCACACAGACUUGUGCUUAAAGUUGGAGCCCCUGUCAUGCUCCUGCGGAACCUGGAUCCACCCAAGCUUUGCAAUUGCACACGACUCAUAAUCAAAACAUUGAUGCCAAGAGUGCUAAAGGCCACAGUAAUAACAGGCAAGGCAAAAGGAGAGGAUGUCUUUAUCCCAAGGAUUCCCCUCAUCCCUUCAGACAUGGCUUUUGAGUUUAGGUGUCUACAGUUCCCUGUAAAGCCAAGCUUUGCCAUGUCCAUCAACAAGGCCCAGGGACAGUCUCUCAAGGUGGUCAGCCUGAAUCUAGCAGAGCCUGUGUUCUCCCAUGGCCAGCUGUAUGUAGGCUGCUCCAGAGUUGGUAACCCCAAGCAGCUGUUCAUCCACUCUCCUGAGGGAAGGACAAGGAACAUUGUUUGUCAAGAGGCACUUCAGAGCUAA